UGUCGUGGUUUCUGUGAGGAACCGAACGAGUCACGUGACUAAGAAAAAAUACGCAAAUACGUGAAACCGCGAAUAAAGAAAUGCAAAUAUGAAGAGAAAUAUAUACUAUUUUUAUAUAUACGAUUUAUUCGAUAGAGAUGUAUGAUUUUCAAAAGACAUAGGGAGCAUCAAAACUAUAAGAGAAAUCAUAUAUGUUAUUAGAAUGAGCAGAAAGGGGUGUAAAGAAAGAUAAGAUUUUUCCACAUUUUUUUUUAAAUUUGACAACCUUUAAGAAUUGUCAUGUUCCUCCAGGGAUCCUUCUGAGGAACUAUUAUUUAAAACCUCUAAAAAAGUAUUUUCUUCUUUUCUUCUAUAAAUGACAUUUCUCCACUCUACCAUCAUCUCCCUGAGCGAGGCAGAGAUUGCAACAAGACAAAUAAUGAGCGCUGGGAUUUGGGAGUUAAGGGCGCUUAAAGCAGGGGUUUAAACGCAAUGACGUCAGGUUAAUUAGAGGCCAGUUUGAUCCCUUCAGCCUCUAAGCCCAACUUUGCUCUGUUCUGUCUGUGGGUGAGGAGGAUGCUGGUCCGUUCAGAGGGAUGCUGCUGACCAAACGGACCUGAGGACCAGAAAACACAGAAAAAACAUUUGCGGUUUCAACGUUCCCUUACUGGUAAUGCUUUGGUGAGAAAGAAAAGAGCGGGAAACAAUUCAACAUGGCAGACAAGGAUAGCGUGGAGAAGUACCUGGACAACAACCCGCAGGUCGCCAAAGACUAUUUCGAUAAGAAGAUUCGCGCCGAAGCUCUGACCGCCGCUUUCGCUCAGACUGUGGAUGUCAAAGACACUGCUUCUUUCAAGGAUGUUAACGCCAUACAAGAGGCCGCCAUCAUCUUUGAGCUGAUUCAAGAGAUGCAGAAGGUGGAUAACAUGGAGAAGAGCCUUCACAAAGUGCUGCAGAGAGUCGUCUUGAUCCUGCAGGCCGACCGGGUCGGCUUCUUCCAGUGUCGCUCGAGAAACGGAAUACCGGAGCUCUCCAGCAGUCUGUUUGACGUGACCCCAACGUCCAAAUUCGAGAGUAAUUUGGUCAACCCGCAGGCGGAAAUCGUCUUCCCCUUAGACAUGGGAAUAGUCGGGCAUACGGCAAACUCCAAAAAGCCACAGAAUGUCCCUGAUGUGUCAAAGAAUCCAAAGUUCAGUGACUUUGUGGACAAACAGACCGGAUACAAGACCAAGUGUAUGCUCACCUUCCCCCUCAUGGCUGACAAAGAGUGUCUUGGAGUUGUCAUGGUGCUUAACAAAAUAGGAGCUGAUGCUUUCUCCGCAGAGGAUGAGAAGCUCUUCCACAAGUACAUGACGUUUGCUCAAGUCAUCACCCUGCAGCAUUACACGGCUUACAUGUUCAACGUGGAGUCCAGGAGGAGUCAGGUGCUGCUCUGGUCGGCCAGCAAGGUUUUUGAAGAGUUGACCGACAUCGAGCGACAGUUCCACAAAGCUCUCUACACUGUGAGGACCUAUCUACAAUGCGAGCGCUACUCUGUGGGUCUGCUGGACAUGACCAAAGAGAAGGAGUUCUAUGAUGAGUGGCCUGUGAAACUGGGAGACGUGGAGCCCUACAAGGGACCAAAAACGCCGGACGGCAGGGAAGUUAUCUUUUACAAGAUCAUUGACUACCUCUUAGAAGGCAAAGAAGAAAUCAAAGUCAUACCUGGUCCCCCUGCAGAUCACUGGGCUCUGGUUAGCGGACUACCAACCUAUGUCGCUGAGAACGGCUUUAUCUGCAACAUGAUGAACGUGGCGGCAGACGACUAUUUCACCUUCCAGAAAGAGGCGGUGGACGAGACGGGCUUCGUCAUCAAAAAUGUUCUGUCUCUGCCGAUCGUCAACAAGAAGGAAGAAAUAGUCGGGAUUGCCACUUUCUUCAAUAGGAAAGAUGGCAAACCUUUUGAUGAACACGAUGAGCAAAUCACUGAGGCCCUGACACAGUUCCUGGGAUGGUCGGUACUAAACUGCGACACCUACGAUAGACUCAACCGCAUGGAGUGGCGGAAAGACAUCGCCCAGGAAAUGCUCAUGUACCAAACUAAGUGCACCCCAGACGAGCUUCAGUCCAUUCUGAACACCAAGGAGAAGUUUGACGCAGAGCCCGAAGACUGCGACCAAAAGGAGAUGUACAAACUACUGAAAUCCAACAUCCCCAAAGCAGACAACGUAGACGGGGAGAAUCUGUACUCGUUUGCCUUCAGCGAUUUCCCCGUAUCGGAGUUCGGCCUCAUCAAGGCGGGCAUCCGCAUGUUCUUUGAGCUCGGAGUUGUCGAGAAGUUUAAAGUUCCCGCAGAGACGCUGGUGAGGUGGAUGUACACGGUGAGGAAGGGCUACCGUGCCAUCACCUACCACAACUGGAGGCAUGGCUUCAAUGUGGGUCAUACCAUGUUCUGCCUCCUGCAGACCGGGAAACUGAGGAAGUACUACUCGGAUUUAGAUGCUUUUGCCAUGGUGGCUGCUGCUUUCUGCCACGAUAUCGACCACAGAGGAACCAACAACCUCUACCAGACAAAGAGUGCGUCUCCUCUGGCCAAACUUCACGGCUCCUCCAUCAUGGAGAGGCAUCACUUGGAGUACAGCAAAACGCUGAUGGGAGAAGAGUACUUGAACAUCUUCUGUAACCUCCAAAAGCGUCAGUUCGAGACCGUGCAGCACUUGUUUGACGUCUGCAUCAUUGCCACAGACCUGGCGCUUUACUUCAAAAAGAGAACCAUGUUCCAAAAUAUCGUGAACGCCACAGAGCCGAUGACGGAUGAAAAAGAGGCCACGGCUUUCGUUUCCAACAACCCCAUCAGGAAGGAAAUCGUCAUGGCCAUGAUGAUGACAGGAUGUGACUUGUCAGCCAUCACCAAACCUUGGGAGGUGCAGAGCAAGGUGGCUCUCAUGGUUGCUGCUGAGUUCUGGGAACAGGGGGAUUUGGAGCGAAGUGUUUUGGACCAGCAGCCAAUUCCCAUGAUGGACAGAAACUGUGCUGAACAGCUUCCCAAGAUGCAAUGCGGCUUCAUCGACUUUGUGUGCUCCUUUGUGUACAAGGAGUUCUCCAGGUUCCACAAAGAGAUCCAGCCCAUGUUUGAUGGUCUGAACAACAACAGGGCACACUGGAACGAGCUGGCGGAGGUAUACAACGCAAAGAUGAAGGCUAUCGAGGAUGAGAAAAAGAGACUAGAAGAGGAGGAAGCCAAGAAAGCUGGUGGAGGCGAAGUUGGGAAAUCAAAGACCUGCACAAUCUGUUAGGACCUUCUAGAUCCGGACCGACGCCAUCUGUUAGGACCGAUCUAGACAAAAAAGCUAGUCUUUUCCUGUCUAUCCUCUCUAUUGUUUUGGACAUUUCACCACCGUAGGUCUCUCCCCCUCCGCCGCUUUUUGUGUGCACGUCUGGUCUGCAGUGCGGUCCGGAUGGCAUCUUCAGGGAGGACGGUCAAACAGAAACGGACGGGACUCGGACCGUAGAGAGGAUGAUGACUCCAAAGAUGGGAUGCGUUUGAAGUUUCUGUGAUCGUCCAGAACUACAGCCACUAGAAACAAACGUUUAGUUUACUCAAAAUGAUCAGACAAAAGAGUGAAAUGGACAGACAGAAUCUUUAGCAUCUGUAUGUGAAGAUUUGAACAAAAGGACAGCAACCACAUUAUUACUUCUGUUCUUAUCGUGAUUUGGCUCAAUUACUGAAGUUUUAGGCUUUUUUUUUUUUUUUUGAGUGAUGCAAUAUUAAUCUCUACUGCACUGAAAAGGAAACGCUGUAUGGAAAGUAUGGGAAAACUCACCUUUUUCCAAGAACCGGCAAACUUCUGUUAUCUUUAAUGUGCAAUUCAUCUACUUAUUUAUCUCUUUUUUGAGUUUUGUAUUCAUGCGUGAGGAAGUGGGGACGAGCUUGUACAGCAGUCAGGCGUGGAAACUGAAUUUGUGAAUGGUGGGGAGCUUACAAAGUGUUUAGAUCGAGUCGAAAAUGACUCGACUCACGUGUUUAGUUCGCCAUGUAAAGGUUUAAACUUUUCCCUCCUUUCGGACAACUUUCGCUCCUCGUUGGUCGGGGCAGCAGCUCAGCAGAUCUGCCUCCUCUGUAAGAAGCUUUGAUGGGAUUUGAUUGGCAGCCAGUGUUUUAGAUCCACACAGCUUUAGACUUUAAAUACCCUUCUUACAGAGGAGGCGACUGAGGCUAGAAAGGCCUCGUCGUGCGAAGACAGUCCGUUGUAAGAUGCUGCUGUUGCUUGAUUGAUUCACACAAAGGGUUUGGGCAAAGUUCUCUGCCUUUUUGCACUGAUCAACUCACUGUAAAUCAAUGUUCCUUGAAGCAAAAGCCGUCUGAGCUCGCGGUGUCGUGGCUCUUCCUCUUACGCAACGUCGUCUCCUCUAAUCAAUGAGGCAUCAAUCAGAGGCGUUAAAUCCUAUCAGCAGGGCUUUUGAUUCUGUAAAAAACAGUCCCUACUGAAAUAGCUAUUUUUUUGGUGAACUUUAUUGAUGUUGACGGAAUUUAAAGACUUUUGAUGCUUAAAGUAUACUUUCCAAUGUUACAAUAGAAAUCUUUGUUGUAUGCAAUGACCUCAACUGCAUGUAUAAGUCAUGUAAUAUGUGUAAACAAAUAUAGGAAAUCAUGGAGGAGUAAA